AUGCCCAAGUCGCCUCUUAUAUGCUUCUGCGAAGAAAGACGUCCAGGAGUUACAGCAGAAAAUCCAGGAUUAGCAUUUGGUGAUAUUUCAAAAAAAUUAAUCGAAAAAUGGAAGAAUUUAUCUGCUGAAGAAAAAGAAAAAUAUAUUAAGAUGGCAGAACAGGAGAACGAGGAAGAUAAAAAUAGAAUCAAUAAUAUCGAAGAUUUGUAUCAAUAUUUUGAAUCCAUUCCAAAAAAGAAUAUCAAAGAUUUAAAAGUUUCUACAGAAAGUGUAAUCCAUCUCGUUAAACUCCGAAAUAUGGCAAAUGAACUCUCAAAACACUUUUCCAAACUAUCAACAGAACUAGAUUCUACUCUAAGCAAUAUUGCUGAUAAGCUUGUCGAUAGAGAAUAA